AUGGAUCGUACUGACAACAUCCCAUCUGUUUCUGUUAUACUUGAUGGAUCUAAUUAUAAGGAGGAUGAUACGGACUUUGCAUUCGAUGACCGUCUUGAUGAAUGGGAAAAGCAAGCCAUUACUGAGCUCCUAUCAAAGGAGACUCGUUUUGGGAGUCUCAGAUCUCACGACACGGAUUCUGUUCUUGCUACGCCAUCUUCUCAGAGUUCCUCAUCUUCACAGCCACUCAUAUGCAGUUAUUGUCGCAACCGAGGCCUGCCAGCCAAUCAUUCUCUUGUUCACUGCCAGGUUCGCGAAUGCUUGUCUUGUCACAAGACUGCUCUAGGCCAUCUCCAAAGCAAUUGUCCUCGAGCUCCCUUCACUACUUCAUCUAAGAAAGGGGCUUCUCGUUCUGGGUCACAGUCCAAAUCUAACCACGGUUCUCGCUCUGCCGCUGUUGCCUCUGAGGGUUCUUCUGCUCCUUCCUUCUCUAUGGAUGAUGUUGAGUCCAUUAUCCACCAGGUGCUCAAUAAAUCGGGUACUCCUCAUUCUACUGCUCUUUCAGUAACCUCAGGUAACUCUUCAUGGUAUUUUGAUUCCGCAUGCUGUAAUCACAUGACUUCUGACUCCACUCUAUUUUCUUCUUUGUCAUCAUCCUCUUCUGCUCCUACUAUACACACUGCUGAUGGUUCUCAUAUGCUUGUUAGUCAUAUUGGCCAAAUCUCUACUUCCACUGUGUCUCUUUCUGAUGCUUACCAUAUUCAUUCUCUUAAAAUGAACCUUAUCUCUGAGUACUUGGAUUCUGAUUUUCUUUCUUUUCUUCGGGCUUAUGGUACUCUUUCUCAUCGAUCUUGUGCAGGCACUUCCCAACAAAAUGGACGAGCCGAAAGAAAGCACCGUCAUAUUCUAGACACUACUCGGGGUAUCGUUGUUGGGAUCCUAUCUCCAAACGUCUUCGUAUUUCUCGUCAUGUGGUCUUCUGGGAACACAGAAUAUUUUGGCCCCAUGCUUCCACAGCCGCCUACGCCUAUCGUCCAUCUUGAGGAUCCUGUGUCAGCUGAUGGCCCUACGCCUUCUCCAGCUCCGGUGGAGGUUCUUCCGAAACCUAUUUCCAUUGAGGUUCCUCCACCACCUGAGCGUCAUUCUACACGGGUAAGGCAACCUUCUGUUCUUCUCCGUGAUUAUAUUGUUGGUUCCACUGCCUUUUGCUCUCAUGAACCUACUUCUUAUCAAGAAACUUCUUCUAACCCUCUUUGGCAACAAGCUAUGACUGAUGAACUGCAACCUUUCGAUCAAACUCAUACCUGGGAUGUGGUUGAUCUUCCUCUUGGCAAGCGUACUCGUUAUAAAGCGCGCCUUGUCACCCGGGGAUUUAGUCAAGAAUAUGGGAUUGACUAUGAGGAAACAUUUGCUCCUAUUGCUCGUCUUACUUCAGUUCGCAGCUUACUUGCCAUUGCUGCUGCUCGCCACUGGCACCUUUCUCAGAUGGAUGUUAAGAAUGUAUUUCUCAAUGGUGAUCUCACUGAGGAACUUUAUAUGCAACCCCCUCCUGGUUCUUCUGUUCCUUCAAACAAGACGGAGCGUGGUACUAUUCUCUUUUCCCUCUAUGUGGAUGAUAUGAUUAUCACUGGAGAUGACACAGUGGGUAUUUCUAGUCUCAAACAGUUUCUCCAUCACUAG